AUGAUUCGACCACUCUUCUUUGCUUGCAUCUUUGCUGCUGGCGUUUUCGCACAAUCAACUGCUGAUCCUGCUUUGACGAAAGACGGGGCGUUCCAACAUCUUGGAUGCGUUGCUAUUAGGCCCGGCACCUUUCCUCGUCAGUUCGAUCUGGGUCAAGCUGGGUGUACUUCAUCAUGUUCAUCAAACGGCAACAUUAUCGGCUUCCGUGGAAACAGCUGUGUCUGCGACCGCCUUGACCUCUCGCCAGGGCCCAUCUCCUACCGCGUUGUAAAGGUUGAUAACGCCCUCUGCAAUCAAUGGUCCAAGGGAACCUGUGGAGGAGCCACGAUCCAGGAAUGGCCCAUCUACGACCUGUACAAGAGAAACAAUGCUCAGAUCGUAUAUGGGGCCUUCCCAGGUGCUACUCCUACUCCUGCACCUACCCAGCCCAUCCAAACUGGCAUGCCCAUUCCCAACCCCAGCCCAAACCCUAAGCCAGGUGAUGUCUGGCACGAAUGCCCACCCAAUGUUGCCAACUGCCCUUAUCGCAACAAGUGCCCCGAUGGCAGAUGUCAACUCAAGCCUAUCGUUCAGCCGUGCCGUGGAUGUUCUUACAAUGGUACUGGUAACUGGACUGCUCCGACUUGUCCUCCUGGAGGCUGCAAUCAAGGUCCCAAGCCUGUUCCAGUUCCAGUACCCGGUGGAAAUGGAGGAAGUGGAAGCAGCGGAGGUAGCGGCGGCAACGGAGGGAGCGGAGGUACCGGAGGUACCGGAGGGAACGGAGGCACUGCUGGAAACGGAAGCAAUGGUGGUAACGGCGGCAGCGGGGGCUCUGGAAGCAGUGGUGGAAACGGUGGUGACGGAGGUGACGGUGGGGAUGGAGGUAACGGCGGUGGAUCGAGCGGAUCCAGUGGCGGCGACGGGCAUCACGGAGACCAACCUCCUGUCAUCGUCAACUCGGCCGUCAAGGCUCAGGGCGAAAGCUUUAUCCUGGCUCUCGUUGUGAUUUCCUUUGCCUUCACUCUUUUAUAG